AUGGAGCUGCCAACGAUGUCCGCUUCUGAUUUCGCAGAUCUCUACUCUGUCAUUCCGUACAAUGUCACCCAGCAUGAUUUCUUGGCACUCUUCCCCAACAGGAGUGUCGGCGCACAGAGCACGAGAACAGCUUCGGGUAUCAUUAUUGCCAUAUGUAUAACAGCUCUUUAUUCUGUCAUCUGCGUCGUGGGACUCCUCGGAAACAUACUGGUUAUGUUCGGUGUGGUGAGAUAUACCAAGAUGAAGACAGCAACCAACAUCUAUAUCUUUAACCUGGCGCUAGCUGACACACUAGCCACCAGCACGCUGCCCUUUCAGAGUGCAAAGUAUCUGAUGAACACUUGGCCUUUUGGGGAGUUGCUCUGCAAGCUGGUGAUCGCCAUUGACUACUACAACAUGUUCACCAGCAUCUUCACCCUCACCAUGAUGAGCGUGGACCGGUACAUCGCCGUGUGCCACCCAGUGAAGGCACUGGACUUCCGCACCCCCACCAAGGCAAAGAUCAUCAAUGUCUGUGUGUGGAUCCUCUCCUCGGCUGUUGGGGUGCCCAUCAUGAUCAUGGCUGUGACUGUUCCAGUGAGCGACAAAGGCAUAACAAUCUGCACGCUGAGAUUCCCACAGCCGGACUGGUACUGGGACACGGUCACUAAGAUCUGCGUGUUCAUCUUCGCCUUUGUGGUUCCCGUGCUGGUCAUCACCGUGUGCUACGGCCUGAUGAUCCUGCGCCUGAAGAGCGUGCGUCUGCUCUCGGGCUCCAAGGAGAAGGACCGGAACAUGAGGCGCAUCACGCGCAUGGUCCUGGUGGUUGUGGCGGCCUUCAUUGUCUGCUGGACGCCCAUCCACAUCUUCAUCAUCAUCAAGACACUGGUGGAGGUGGACACGAGCAACCUGCUGGUGGUGGCCAGCUGGCACCUGUGCAUUGCGCUGGGCUACACCAACAGCAGCCUCAACCCCGUGCUCUACGCCUUCCUGGACGAGAACUUCAAGCGCUGUUUCCGCGACUUCUGCCUGCCGUUCCGCGCACGCGCAGCCCAGGGCAGCUUCUCGCGGGCUCGCAACACCACCCGCGAACCCGUGUCCGUGUGCGGCGGCGCUGCGACCGAGUCCGUCAAGAAGCCGGCAUGACUAGGCGUGGAACGGGAGCCCCCCCGGGCAGCCCCGCUCAGGGUGAACCAGGACCUACGCACAGAGGUCACUCAAAUCUCCACCACAGAGUUCUAACACAGCCAGUCCUCCGAGCAGGAGGAAAUGGGCUCCACAUUCCUUCACCUCUUUUCCCCUCUCUCCUUCUCUUUCUUACUCUCUUC